AUGAUGACAUCGGCGUUUGAGGCAGCGCAGAUUUCUCCCUGCUCCUUGCAGAAACUGGCCCAGGAUUGUGGUCUCGGACCAGUUGACGAAACCCUGCUACAGUCGUCCUCCAUAGCAGAACAUUUGGUUCCUUCAUUAUGCAUGGGUUUGAGCGGACUGCAGCUUUCCUCUGCUCAGGAAGUCCGUCUAGCAAAGAUCACGCCGAAUCCAUUUAUACAGCGGGAAGAUGGACCUCCACCGGAUAUGAAAAUCUACCAUCAUCCUCACUGUUUAUUUGAAAUGUUCUUCAAGGCGGCGUGCCAAUACAAAGGUCAUUGA